GUGUGUUCCUGCGGUUUGUUUUGGUCGACAAAGCUGCAUCACUUCUGCGUUUAAGCAUGGCGAUCCCCAUCGCCAUAUUGGACUGUGAUCUACUCCUACAUGGUCGAGGCCACAAGACCCUGGACCGCUUCGACCUGGCCUCGGUCCCAGACACUGUCCUCCUCUCGCAGUUUGGCUUCCCCCGAGAGUUCAUUCUGUAUCUGGUUGAAUUACUCAGAGAGGCCCUCUGUAGACGCACACAGCGGUCCAGAGCCAUCAGUCCGGAGGUCCAGGUGUUGGCUGCCUUGGGCUUCUACACAUCUGGCUCGUUCCAGACAUCUAUGGGCGAUACCAUCGGGAUCAGCCAGGCGUCGAUGUCCAGAUGCGUGUCUCACGUGACCAGAGCCCUGGUGGAGAAAGCUCCCCAGUUCAUCACGUUCAACAGAGAUCCCUCCAGCACGGAGCAGUUUCAGAGGGUGGCAGGAUUCCCAGGAGUACUGGGGGUGCUGGACUGUGUUCAGGUCACCAUCAAAGCUCCCAACAGCGAAGACUCGAUGUACGUGAACAAGAAGGGUUUCCACUCCGUGGGCUGUCUGCUGGCGUGCGACGCCAGAGGGUUGUUGCUGAGCGCUGAGACACACUGGCCAGGAGGCCUCAGAGACACGGACGUUUUCGAAAGAUCUGCUCUCCUCAAGCAGCUGCAGGACACAGAGGAGGGCUGGCUGCUGGGGGACCGUCGUUACCCUCUCAGGAAGUGGUUGAUGACCCCGGUCGACUGCCCGGAGUCCCCUGCGGAGUUUCAGUAUAACCUGGCACACGCGGCGACACACGAGAUAGUGGACAGAACCUUCAGAGCCAUCCAGACCAGAUUCAGAUGUUUGGACGGCACCAAAGGAUACCUACAGUAUUCUCCAGAGAGGAGUUCGGCCAUCCUGCUGGCCUGCUGCGUCCUCCACAACGCCUCCCUGCAGUCCGGAUUAGACGCCUGGACCCUGGAGAGAACCGACCCCCUGGAGCAGCCCGAGAGCCUCGAACAGAGACCAGAGGACCGCGACAGCCUGGCAGAGGACCUCCGAAAACAGCUGAUACUCAAACACUUCAGCUGAGCUGCUGGCCGAGAACAGGAAACGGGACUCAACCAACACAAAGCAGUCAAGAAUGAUAUCAACGUCGCAUUUCAAGCAAGAAAGUCCAGACACAGAAUUGCUGAUGCAGGUUUUUUAUAUUUUGCUUGUUUCUACUCUACUGACUACUCUAAGAUAACAUAGUUGUAUAUGGAGGAACAUGCAAGACGCUAGACAACAAACCAAGACAACGUUUGACCCAAACACAUUUGAAAUAAUUGGAAACCCUUGAAAAGUGCUCGAUUAUUUCCCCUCCAACAUAUUCACGAAGAGGUCGGAAUAGUCGAGCGUCCCCUGGUGGUUUCACUGGAUUUGAACUGUGUGCAGCUGAUGCGUUAUCAAAGUUUCUCUACAAGUGGAAAAGUCACCCUCCCUUUAUUUUUUACCCCCCUCCCUUCUCGACACAUUUUUCCCCCCGGGAAUAAUCCAAACAUUUUUCUCAAUUCUUUUCUUCCCCCAAGUGCUUCCACAGAUUAAAAUCUUGGACUGUGUCACAAUACAAAACCAGGGCCCUUAUUUACAACAACUGCACAUCAGGUCGUCAUUGUUUUUGUACACCGGUGCUUUAAGACAGUUAGGGGUGAGAAUGACUGGAUGUUUGUGCAACGGGCUGCAGUCACAUGACGUGUUUUUGUGUACACACACAGGAUGAGGGCCACACAAUUAAACAGAUACAGAGAUGAAUAAAAAACAAUUAAGAAAAACAGGAAA